AUGGAAGAUUCCCAUUUCAACUCAUCAUACUUUUGGUCUCCCGUUCCCACAGUACAAGGACAGGUAGAAACCUUAUUACUGGACCUUAUCUUGAAAUGUACAUGGUGGUGUCACAAAUAAAGACAAUACAUUUCAGUUAGCACUAAUAAAUAAUGAGCUUACACCUUAGGUGAGGAUGGCAAAACAUCAAAUUCAUUGUAAUUCAUGUGUAAGUAACAAAACAACAAGCCUCCCCAAAUGAUCACUUCUGCCCCUCCUCUCUUCCACUUCCCUUAUCAACCUCUACCACCUCUACUCAUUUCCUUUGGCAUCUCACCCAUUCUCUCUAUUACCUGUCUUUCUCUUUUCCACCCCUCUUUUCCUAUCCACCUUUCCCCUCCACUAUAGAUUGAAAAUGCCAUGUUCCUGAACAAGAUGAAGGAGCAGUUGGGUCCGGACAAUAAGUGUUCUCCGUCGUUCCCUCACUCCUCCUCGCACUAUCCCACCGCCGUGCUCACCAUGGACGCGGGAGGCCGGGUGGUGCCCAAACAGGAAGGUGGAGGCGGUGGCGUCCAAUUGAACUCCGUAGGCGGGCACCUGCACCAGCCGCACACCUCACAGAAUAUCACGGUGGUGCCCAUCCAGUCCACCGGCAUCAUGACGGCAGGUGAGUAGACAAGACAAGACACACUGCCAGUGUCAGUUUGUCUGGCUAUCCUCUGUGGUUGUUCUAUGUGUAUCUCCUCCCUGUUACUGUCUGGCUUAAUCAUGUUAUAGGGAUGUCUCGCAAACGUUCUCAGUAUUUCAUUGUGUGUGUAGUGUGUAAUGUGUACCUCGGCUCUCUUGGAGGGGUGUGGUGCAGUCAGGUCACCGUCUCUCUCUCCCUCUCAGCGGGGCUAGUGAUAACCACUCCCCAAGGCACCCUGGUCUCUCAACCCACCUCCACACAAUCUUUUGUGUCCGGACCCCCUGCCACCACCAUGAUAGUGUCCGCACUGCACCCCACAAACACAGGUAAAACCUCCACCCCAUUCCCCGUUCCCCUCUCCCCCCCGCACUGUGAUAGGUUGUGUGCCUGAGCGGCUUGCAAAUCUGUCCUGGCUUAUUAACAACCAUAGCAGACUCACUGGCACACACUUACAUACACACAUACUGUACAUUCAUUGGAGCAUUAAAAAAAUAUAUUUAAUCCCAUGGUUGAUAUGGGCUGACCCUGCAAGGGUACCACCUUCUACAGUCUUUUUUUUUAAUCACAAACUUCCAUCCUCAACACUCACAGACAUGCAUUAUGCACUCACACACACAGUAAAACACGCAUUGCUGCUUGAGCUAACCCCUGCAACGCACUGCCAGCAGCCAACCACUAACCCUUGACCUGAUCCAACCCCCCCCACCCUCUGCGGUGAGAGAGAGAGGGAGCGAGCCAGGUAGUGAGCUCCGUGUGUUGAGUGUGUUCUCCUCUUCUCUCGGUUUCUGUCAGAGAGCAGCCAGCACGCCUCUCUCUACUUCUACAGCCACAGUGAGUACUCAGCUCCAUCUCCCCUCCACCCUGCCCCACCUAGCCCAAUACUUCCUCCCCAUAUGCCAUCAUCCAUCCCUACUGCUUAGCAGCAAAGCCCUGCAGUCCUGUGGUUUUGUUGUGUUGACUUGCACUCUGAAUUGGUAUUUGGUAUUUUAUUAGGAUCCCCAAUAGCUGUUGCAAAAGCAGCAGCUACUCUUCCUGAGGUCCACACAAAACAUGAAACAUGACAUAAUAUAGAACAUUAAUCGACAAGAACAGCUCAAGGACAGAACUACAUAUAUAUAUACAGUUGAAGUCGGAUGUUUACAUACACCUUAGCCAAAUACAUUUAAACUCAGUUUUUCACAAUUCCUGACAUUUAAUCCUACUAAAAAUUCCCUGUCUUAGGUCAGUUAGGAUCACCACUUUAUUUUAAGAAUGUGAAAUGUCAGAAUAAUAGUAGAGUGAUUUAUUUCAGCUUUUAUUUCUUUCAUCACAUUCCCAGUGGGUCAGAAGUUUACAUACACUCAAUUAGUAUUUGGUAGCAUUGCCUUUAAAUUGUUUAACUUGGGUCAAACAUUUCGGGUAGCCUUCCACAAGCUUCCCACAAUAAAUUGAACCAAAAGGUACGAUCUUUGUCCCCAUGUGCAGUUGCAAACCGUAGUCUGGCUUUUUUUAUGGCGGUUUUGGAGCAGUGGCUUCUUCCUUGCUGAGCGGCCUUUCAGGUUAUGUCGAUAUAGGACUCGUUUUACUGUGGAUAUAGAUAAAUUUGUACCGGUUUCCUCCAGCAUCUUCACAAGGUCCUUUGCUGUUGUUCUGGGAUUGAUUUGCACUUUUUGCACCAAAGUACGUUCAUCUCUAAGAGAUAGAAGGCGUCUCUUCCUGAGCGGUAUGACGGCUGCGUGGUCCCAUGGUGUUUAUACUUGCGUACUAUUGUUUGUACAGAUGAACGUGGUACCUUCAGGCGUAUGGAAAUUGCUCCCAAGGAUGGACCAGACUUGUGAAGGUCUACAAUUCUUUUUCUGAGGUCUUGGCUGAUUUCUUUUGAUUUUCCCAUGAUGUCAAGCAAAGAGGCACUGAGUUUGAAGGUAGGCCUUGAAAUACAUCCACAGGUACACCUCCAAUUGACUCAAAUGAUGUCAAUUAGCCUAUCAGAAGCUUCUAAAGCCAUUACAUCAUUUUCUGGAAUUUUCCAAGCUGUUUAAAGGCACAGUCAACUUAGUGUAUGUAAACUUCUGACCCACUGGCAUUGUGAUACAGUGAAUUAUAAGUGAAAUAAUCUGUCUGUAAACAAUUGUUGGAAAAAUUACUUGUGUCAUGCACAAAGUAGAUGUCCUAACCGACUUGCCAAAACUAUAGUUUGUUAACAAGACAUUUGAGUGGUUGAAAAACAAGUUUUAGUGACUCCAACCUAAGUGUAUGUAAACUUCCGACUUCAACUGUAUAUACAGUGGGGAGAACAAGUAUUUGAUACACUGCCGAUUUUGCAGGUUUUCCUACUUACAAAGCAUGUAGAGGUCUGUAAUUUUUAUCAUAGGUACACUUCAACUGUGAGAGACGGAAUCUAUACAUCAGAAAACCAGAACUUAAUAUUUGGUACAGAAACCUUUGUUUGCAAUUACAGAGAUCAUAUGUUUCCUGUAGUUCUUGACCAGGUUUGCACACACUGCAGCAGGGAUUUUGGCCCACUUCUCCAUACAGACCUUCUCCAGAUCCUUCAGGUUUCGGGGCUGUCGCUGGGCAAUACGGACUUUCAGCUCCCUCCAAAGAUUUUCUAUUGGAUUCAGGUCUGGAGACUGGCUAGGCCACUCCAGGACCUUGAGAUGCUUCUUACGGAGCCACUCCUUAGUUGCCCUGGCUGUGUGUUUCGGGUCGUUGUCAUGCUGGAAGACCCAGCCACGACCCAUCUUCAAUGCUCUUACUGAGGGAAGGAGGUUGUUUGCCAAGAUCUCGCGAUACAUGGCCCCAUCCAUCCUCCCCUCAAUAUGGUGCAGUCGUCCUGUCCCCUUUGCAGAAAAGCAUCCCCAAAGAAUGAUGUUUCCACCUCCAUGCUUCACGGUUGGGAUGGUGCUCUUGGGGUUGUACUCAUCCUUCUUCUUCCUCCAAACACGGCGAGUGGAGUUUAGACCAAAAAGCUUUAUUUUUGUCUCAUCAGACCACAUUACCUUCUCCCAUUCCUCCUCUGGAUCAUCCAGAUGGUCAUUGGCAAACUUCAGACGGGCCUGGACAUGCGCUGGCUUGAGCAGGGGGACCUUGCGUGCGCUGCAGGAUUUUAAUCCAUGACGGCGUAGUAUGUUACUAAUGGUUUUCUUUGAGACUGUGGUCCCAGCUCUCUUCAGGUCAUUGACCAGGUCCUGCCGUGUAGUUCUGGGCUGAUCCCUCACCUUCCUCAUGAUCAUUGAUGCCCCACGAGGUGAGAUCUUGCAUGGAGCCCCAGACCGAGGGUGAUUGACCGUCAUCUUGAACUUCUUCCAUUUUCUAAUAAUUGCGCCAACAGUUGUUGCCUUCUCACCAAGCUGCUUGCCUAUUGUCCUGUAGCCCAUCCCAGCCUUGUGCAGGUCUACAAUUUUAUCCCUGAUGUCCUUACACAGCUCUCUGGUCUUGGCCAUUGUGGAGAGGUUGGAGUCUGUUUGAUUGAGUGUGUGGACAGGUGUCUUUUAUACAGGGAACGAGUUCAAACAGGUGCAGUUAAUACAGGUAAUGAGUGGAGAACAGGAGGGCUUCUUAAAGAAAAACUAACAGGUCUGUGAGAGACGGAAUUCUUACUGGUUGGUAGGUGAUCAAAUACUUAUGUCAUGCAAUAAAAUGCAAAUAAAUUAUUAAAAAAUCAUACAAUGUGAUUUUCUGGAUUUUUGUUUUAGAUUCCGUCUCACAGUUGAAGUGUACCUAUGAUAAAAAUUACAGACCUCUACAUGCUUUGUAAGUAGGAAAACCUGCAAAAUCGGCAGCGUAUCAAAUACUUGUUCUCCCCACUGUAUAUAUAUAUAUACACUACCGUUCAAAAGUUUGGGGUCACUUAGAAAUGUCCUUGUUUUCAAAAGAAAAUCAAUUUUUUUUUUUUUCCAUUAAAAUAACAUCAAAUUGAUCAGAAAUACAGUGUAGACAUUGUUAAUGUUGUAAAUGGCUAUUGUAGCUGGAAACGGCAGAUUUUUUUAUGGAAUAUCUACAUAGGCUUACAGAGGCCCAUUAUCAGCAACCAUCAGUCCUGUGUUCCAAUGGCACGUUGUGUUUGCUAAUCCAAGUUUAUCAUUUUAAAAGGCUAAUUGAUCAUUAGAAAACACUUUUGCAAUUAUGUUAGCACAGCUGAAAACUGUUGUGCUGAUUAAAGAAGCAAAAAAACUGGCCUUCUUGAGACUAGUUGAGUAUCUGGAGCAUCAGCAAUUGUGGGUUCGAUUACAGGCUCAAAAUGUCCAGAAACAAAUAACUUUCUUCUGAAACUCGUCAGUCUAUUCUUGUUCUGAGAAAUGAAGGCUAUUCCAUGCGAGAAAUUGCCAAGAAACUGAAGAUCUCGUACAACGCUGUGUACUACUCCCUUCACAGAACAGCGCAAACUGGCUCUAACCAGAAUAGAAAGAGGAGUUAAAUAGUACCCGCAAAACACCAGUCUCAACGUCAACAGUGAAGAGGCGACUCCGGGAUGCUGACCUUCUAGGCAGAGUUGCAAAGAAAAAGCCAUAUCUCAACUGGUCAAUAAAAAUAAAAGAUUAAGAUGGGCAAAAGAACACAGACGCUGGACAGAGGAAGAUUGGAAAAAAGUGUUAUGGACAGACGAAUCGAAGUUUGAGGUGUUCGGAUCACAAAAAAGAACAUUUGUGAGAAUAAAUGUGCGGCCCACCAUGUAAAAAAAAAAAAAAGGUGAUGUAAUCAACGGCCAAUGUUUACUUUCUUGGUGCUAUGACAGUCUAUAACAAAUCAGUCUGACAGUACUUUUGACAGUAUUUCAAUCUGAAGGAAGUAUGGUUUGAAGUGACUGAAAUGCAUCAGAAAGGUAUUGGGAAGUUCAGAAGAUCAUCAGGCAAUAAUUUUGUAUGAUCUUCUGUGUAGAAAAGAACAUAAUCAUUGAUGAAGUUGAUGAAGUCUGAUUUAGUGCCUGGUCUUGUCCACUCUAUUUGAAUGAGUCCUGCGCGGCUUGUGGGCAUUGUAGAGGGAAACAGAAGACACUUAUGUUUUCCUGAGUCUUAUGUUUCAGUGAUGGGGUCAUAAUAUGUUGUAGCUUAAACCGUUUUUAAAGAUAACGCCACAAUUGUAGGAAGAAAACAGAAACCGCUCUGUUUAUUACGUCCGCGUCUAGCGGCUACCGGAGGUUACGGUUCUGUGAACCGAGCGUACAUCUUUUAUUUCAGAGUUUCUUUCGCCAUGCCAUUUUCAAAUCAGGCGUCCCCACAUGGGGUCACGACCCCCUAGUUUGGGAAACGCUGCUGUAAGGCCUGUUAUAAGCUGCAAACAACAUUUAUUCAAACGUGCAGGAUGCUUGGAUGUAAUGUUUUACUGGACUUAAGCUCACACUAUACAUCGCACAACAUAUUAUGAAGAUGAUCAGAUCUGGAAAGUGUUGAUGGUCCAGUAGAGUUGUCUAAGUAAGGCCAAGACUCCAAAAACCCAAUCUGAAAGUCUAAGAAUAUGAUCUGAUGCACCCCCACUAAUGGUCCAAGGAAGUUAUCUAGAGGACCAAUGGAGUGAUCUGGAGUACGCCGCCAUGUUCUCUGGUGGUGCAAUUCCAUCCAUGAAUGUGAUCAUCCAAAGGUUGAUGAAAAUCAAUGUCUUGGAUUAAUGUCCAAAACAUAUCAACUACAGUAUCUGCCCCAUUCAAAAAGCAAAAUCAAUUUAGUUUAGUUUUGUAUCUGUGCACGCUGUCCAAAUAGGCAGUUGAGUGUAACCGAUUAUUUUUGCAGCGAUGAAGUCUGUCAUGUGUUCCAGUAUAUGGGUGAAGAGAUGAAAAUGCCUCAGUGUAAUGGGGUGAUGUACCACUCACACGUUGUUGCUUUCACCAUUGCAUACCAGGAGACACCGCUUUGGAUGAUACUCACCAAGCAGAGGCCCAUGGGAUAUGUUGUGUGGUUUUUGGUCUGUUUUAAUCAGAGCUGUAUUCUUCUCCCCCGUUCUCUCCCCUUCCCUUCAUCCCUCCUUUCCCCAUCCUGUUUUUUUGUCCCUGUUUCAGACAAGAAAGAGGAUUUGGUCAUCCCUCCUGUUGUCAUGCCAACGCCCGGGAAGCGGGGCAGGAAGAAGAAGUCGAUGAUGCCGAGGGCGGGCGCCACCCUCCCCCCAGGAAGUGAUGCGUUGAUUCUGGCACACCUGGCUGCUGGGGGGCAGGUGAUUGAGAUUUGAAGUGAUGUCACAUAAUAACUAAGCCGCUACAGAUGUUAUGUUGAGUAUUAUGUUGUGUUUAAUCCAAUCCAUAAUGAUAAAAUACAUUAAGGCUACAUAUUGUUGUGUCAUUAUUUCAGGAAUAGUGAAGCAAAGUGUUGUUUAUUAAAUAAAUCAUUGUUUCGUUUUUGUGUAUAGCACCACACUGCCGACCAUUAUGACUUAUCAAAUGAUGAGGAUGAGCAUGGGAACAAAGAUGGGACCAAAUCAUACAGGUAUAUUAGAGGCUUUGUGCUUACAUACUUUUUACUCCUUAACUUUCACUAUUUGUUACCCAAGUUGACCCUGUCAUUUAUUCCCCAUUCAAAGUAUCUCCAUGUCUAUACAGUUCUCAGUUUCUCUUGUUCUCUCUCCAUUUCCACCACUUGCCAUUCUCUCUUACCCCUCUUCCAGGUGCCGGAUGUGUGCGGUGACGUUCUUCAGCAAGUCGGACAUGCAGAUCCACGCCAAGUCUCACACAGAGGCCAAGCCACACAAGUGCCCCCACUGCUCCAAAUCGUUCGCCAACUCCAGUUACCUGUCCCAGCACAUCCGCAUCCACAGUGGGUCCAAGCCCUACACCUGCUCCUACUGCCAGAAAACAUUCAGGCAGCUCAGUCACUUACAGCAGCACACACGGUACUGCUGCCUCCCUGGCGUGUAUGUGUGUGAGUGUGUGUGGUGGUUGAUUUCAGGGAAUAGGUGUUUGACUGCAGAAUAUAGAUUGUCACACAAGAAUGAAGGGUUGGUAGGAAAGACAAUCACUAUCACUACAAAUUCAGGGAUUGAUACCAAUGUACUUUUCUCAUCAUUUGGCUUUGAAUUUGACCAUUACAAUAUGAGUAACUACUCUGCAUUAGAAACAUGGGGUUUUAUUUUGGCAAUGCAAAUAAUACAGUAUUACUCCCAAUAAUACUUUUACAAAAAUGUCUUAUUGUACUUCAUCUAUGACAGCAGGUUUAGAAUAAACAAGCCCGAUAUUUCUAUUUCUGGUGAGGUGUGACAAAGCAGCACCACCCUUUUUUCACUGUCGAAAUGUCACAGCUUUUAUAAGGAGCAUGUGUGCUGUUUGAAAUGUUUUUUCUUGCCAAAUUGCUUUUUGCCAACUUUGAUGAAAUCGUUCAGUUAUGUCCUUGUAUCUGUUGAUUGCUUUGCCUGUACCCUCUUCAUUUUGUGUUGUCCAUCUUUUCUUCCUAUCGCAUCCUUAUCCCUCAUUUUACUUUUCUGACUGUCUGCUUUCCUGCUCUCUGUUCCACAUGUUCACUUACAUGCAAACAGACAAGCAGGAACAUACGGAAGACAGUGAUACAGUAUAUAACCAUUACCAGAGACGUAGACGAAGAAUUUUACGACACAACAUUCAGUGCUAGGUUAAAAACAAAUUGUGUAGAGGAGGUCAAAAAAGUGUAAUACAGAUUGAGUGCCUUGGUUGUAUUUACAUUUUAAGUUUAUCUUAUCUUUAUGCGUUGUUUGCUAUCUUGGAGGCUGUUUUUAUGUGUGGUUUGCAGAUUUCUUUGGGAAAGAAAGUUUCUUAUGUUAUUGGCAAACAACCUGAGAAAGUAGUUUUUAUGUGUUUGGUAAACUAGACAUAAUAGAGGUCCAAGAAUCGAUCCCUGUGGAACACCACAUUUAAUCUGAAGAGGGGGUUAACUUCUUUGAAAGUGACAGAUUGCAUUCUUCCUUUUAGAUAGCUGGAGAAACACAGCAAAGACAAAUAAGUCACGUCCAUCCUUGGGGAAAGGAUGUAAUUUUGGGUAAACUAUCCCUGAAACAGCAUCAUAAUGUAAAAAAAAUUCUGUCAGACAAAUAAUAUGGCUCUAUCUACAUUUACCUAUCAAAGACUACAUCUUUCCAUAUUGAUUUCUUCCUUUUCUUUCGCUGCCUUUCCCUGACACUAUCAGUUCUAUCUGUGCACCAUCUCUUCAACCAGUCUUUGGUUUCUUGAAUGUUUAUGAGGAAUUCAAUAAAAUACUUUUCCCUUCCUCCCACCCUCACCGUUCUGGUAGAAUGAAGUGCUCCCUUUGCCUUCUCUAUUACAUUUCCUCCCUCACAUGCCCCUCACAAUUCUUUGCCUUUGGUUUCAAGAGAAAGACGAGCGCUUGCCUUCACUCAAAUUCCUUAGCAGUAGGCCUCUGUAGAAUUACCACACAAUAUCGGUAGCACACCAUAGGUGGAGACAGAGAGAGAGAGAGAGAGAGAGAAAGGAAAGGGGGACUGUGCCUGCUGUUUGUUUUCGUACUGUGUUUCGCAACUCCGACACAGCAACAACAAAAAGUGCACACUGUCAAUCAAACUGCGCUAAACUUGAUUUGGGGUGAUUUGAUUAUGAUUUGAUCUCCGGAUCAUUCGUCGCUGAUUUUAUAUAUUAUAAAUCUCUCUUUUUUUCUCUCUCUAUCUCCCCAUCCCCUUGUUAGAAACCACACUGAGGGCAAACCGCACAAGUGUCCCCACUGCUCCAAAUCGUUCUCCAACUCCAGCUACCUGGCCCAGCACAUCCGCAUCCACAGUGGGUCCAAGCCCUACACCUGCUCCUUCUGCCAGAAAACAUUCAGGCAGCUCAGUCACUUACAGCAGCACCACAGGUAAACAUUACUAAACAGGGACAGUGGGCAGUCAUGUCAUCACACACCCUCUCUAGUUCCAUCUACUCCUCUUUUUCUGCUUUCCUCUCACUUUCCUUCUCCCUCGUUGUCUCUCAUCCUCUUAUCUUCUUGCUCAAUUUCAAAACAACCCUAAUCCCCAAAUACUUAUUUAAUAAAGCGUUUAGCAUAUAUUGAUGUAAUUAGAAGUCUCAUUCAAGUUUGGCUACAUUUUCUGGCUCCUCCCUCAUGUCAGCAUCGGUUUGGACCUGAGGCUGUAGCCAAUAUGCAUAUCCCCUACACUUUGACAUCUGAAAGGACUGGUUGGAUUUACCAGUAAGCAAUAUGGUGGAAACUAUCUGAGGGGCCGUCAAGAAAGACCAUUGGAUAGUGUGGUUGAUUUAGGAUUGGAUAUCUCUCUUUCCGUCUUUCCUGUCCGUUGCUUGGAGUGAGUGACGCUGUAAUGAAAGUAGUCAGGCUACUGGGGUUUUCUGGGAGCUGUAGUUCAUUACAGACUGUGUUUCACUUCCAUAGGAUCCACACUGGGGACCGACCUUACAAGUGUAUCCAUCCUGGCUGCGAGAAAGCAUUCACUCAGCUGUCCAACUUACAGGUAGGCAGGCCUUCUACAUCCAAUUCACAAGUCCAAUAGAUCUCAAAUUUGGACAAUAAUCAUCUCAAUUUCAAUAUAUUUGGUUGUAAGUUUCUCAUAGCAAAACUUCACUUGGCUCUAAAUUCAUUACGUACAGUUAAUGAUAUGACAUGAUAACGUUAUAGUCACAAUAAUCAUAAUGUAUAAACUCUUUCAUUGCUUCCCCCAGUCUCACCGCCGGCAGCACAACAAAGACAAGCCGUAUAAGUGCCACAACUGUAACCGCGGUUAUACAGACGCGGCCAGUCUGGAGGUGCACAUGUCCACUCACACGGUCAAACAUGCCAAGCUUUACUCCUGUGGCCUGUGCAACCGCGCCUACACCUCGGUACGCCUGUCAAUCACCCUAAAACUCCUCCUCUACCUCCUCCUCAACUACAUAAAGUCCCACCCCUUUUAAAAGAGUUCCACACGCUUUUACUUUCUAGAUUCAAGGCCUCCCCACUUGUGAGGGGCCUGUUGUAUGAAAGUGGUGUUCAGCAAUGUCAUAUUGUAGGGGAGGGGCUAGAGCAUUGUGAGGGUGGAGACUAAUUCAUUGUAUGUACUUCUUUCAGUAACUGCAGUAUUAGAUUACUUGAAGGACUACUUCAGGUUGUUGUAAGUUGGUUGGUAGUGACAAAAGUUAAACAACCAGUAGAACAGUAGAUUAACAAGUACACGCAGUAGUUUGGCUUGAUGGUGACCUAUAGGGUUGUAUAGGACUGUAUAGGUAGGCUUUGGCUAUGUAGUUAAAAACAGUUAUCCCCCCUCUACUGUAGUUUAUAUACGCUAGGCCUAUAUUAUUUCCAGUAAUUUGCAUAGACUACAUAUUACUGAGUUUGUAUGUAGGUGCUGCCAAGCCCUUGCAUUUUGUUCCCAAGACCCACUGCAUGGUAAGUGUUCACUGCACUGUCCACCUCACUCACCCUCUUUCUCUCCUCUCCUCUCCUCUCCUCCAGGAGACCUACCUGAUGAAACACAUGCGGAAACACAACCCGGAUUCCCUCACGGUGGCGGUCGCCGCCCAGCAGGCCCAGGGCCACACCCCUGGAGGAGGGGGCAGGGGGAGGGGCCGUGGUAGAGGAGGAGGCGGGGCAAAUGCAGUGGGUGGUCCUGUAGGGGCAGGCCAGAACCCGGGUCAGAACCAGCCCCAGAACCCCAACAACCCCCAGCAGGGCAGCUACCCGCAGAUAGAAGGCGUGCCAUGCCCCUUCGACAUGCACCAGUACAAGACAGUGUCGGCCGGCGAGAUCCAGUACAAGCCAGUCAGCGUGGCUGAUCUGUCGGCCCAUAAGGACCUCUGCUUGACCGUGUCCACCUCAGCCAUCCAGGUGGAGCACAUGAACUCAUAG